AGGUCAAUACUAGAAAUUUUCAUAAAAUAAUCUGCAGAAAAAAAUGACCAAAAUUCCAGCACCCUUACCUUUGUGAAGUAUAAUUAUUCUUUAGACUCUGUAUUAGUUAGCUUGAGAAUUGAGAUCUUCAAACAUUUACCAGCAUAUAAUAAUCAAAGAAGCAAUUAUCAAUGAGUUCAUUGAUUCUAAAAUGCAGAUGCAGUUUAUUAUGGAAACGAAGCAAGUUGCAAAAUGGGUUACAGAGGCUACAGUCAACAAUGGCCGUGCUGGGCAUAGAGACGAGUUGUGAUGACACGGGUGCCGCUGUUAUUGAUGGCACCAACACGGUGCUCGGAGAAGCUAUUCACCAGCAAACUCGAGAACACAUGCUACAUGGUGGCAUCAGACCUCCCUUGGCACAAAGUCUGCAUGCAGAGAACAUCCACUCUGUGGUGACCUCAGCCAUGCAGAAAUCGGGGCUUGACUUCAGCGACCUCAGCGCUAUAGCAACGACUGUCAAGCCGGGCCUGCCGAUGUCUCUACUGGUCGGAGCAGAGUAUGGCAAGCAGCUGGCCCUGAAGCACAGGCUUGCCUUCAUCCCCAUACACCACAUGGAGGCUCACACUCUCACUGUCAGGCUCACAAACCAGGUGGAUUUUCCCUUCCUAUGUCUGCUUGCGUCUGCAUCCAUUAUUGCCGCCCGGUACCUCAACCUGCGGAUGCUGCGCGACUACAUGGAUCUUUCCGGUGGAGCCGCCAUAGAAAGAUUGGCUGAGAAGGGCAACGCAAAAGCCUAUAAUAUCAUUGGACAGAAAUCUCCCCUGUCUGCAUAUAGGGAUUGCAACUUCAGCUUCUCAGGCUUGAAGAGCAACUUGGAUGUGAUAGUGCGGCAGCUCGAGAAGGAACACGGUCUUGACGGAGACUCGCCUCUAGAGCUGCCGCUACUCCAGGAUCUGAGCGCGAGCUUCCAGCACGCGGUGUGCCAGCACAUCGUACGUCGCACCCACCGCGCCAUGCUCUACUACAGCGCCUCCGUCAGCCCUCAGCAGCAAUGCAAGACCCUGGUUGUGUCGGGUGGCGUAGCAAGCAACGCGUCCCUGCGUGGGUGGCUGGACAAGCUGUGCUCGUCACUGGGAGGCUGGAGGCUCGUGUGUCCCCCGCCUCAGCUGUGCACCGACAACGGCGUCAUGGUCGCGUGGAACGGCUUAGAGAAACUUAGAGCCAUGCGAGGUGUCAUCACCGACCCUGCCAUCAUUACAGAUGUACAAGUACAAGCCAAGUGUCCGCUUGGAGAAGACGCAUCACAGGACGUGGCCAUGCAGAGCAUCAAAGUCAGCAAGUGGAUCAAAGCUUAGCUCUGCACCUCAGGCUCAUGUCUCAUCCAUCUUAGCAUUUACCAUUAGAAAGCAUCUAGAAACUUGGUGUCAGAGCUGUGUCAGAGCUAGCUCUGCUCCUCAGGCUCCUGUCUCAUCCAUCUUAGCAUUUUACCAUUAAAAAACAUCUAGAAACUUGGUGUCAGAGCUGUCUCAGAGCUAUCCAAUCUGGGAUAGUAAGCCUGUAGCAUCUGGGUGUCAGAGCUGUGUCAGAGCUAUCCAAUCUGGGAUAGGGAGCCUGUAGCAUCUGGGUGUCAGAGCUGUGUCAGAGCUAUCCAAUCUGGGAUUGCAAGCCUGUAGCAUCUGGGUGUCAGAGCUAUCCAAUCUGGGAUUGCAAGCCUGUAGCAUCUGGGUGUCAGAGCUGUGUCAGAGCUAUCCAAUCUGGGAUAGGAAGCCUGUAGCAUCUGGGUGUCAGAGCUGUGUCAGAGCUAUCCAGUCUGGGAUAGUAAGCCUGUAGCAUCUGGGUGUCAGAGCUGUGUCAGAGCUAUCCAAUCUGGGAUAGCAAGCCUGUAUAGCAUCUGGGUGUCAGAGCUGUGUCAGAGCUCUCCAAUCUGGGAUAGCAAGCCUGUAUAGCAUCUGGGUGUCAGAGCUGUGUCAGAGCUCUCCAAUCUGGGAUAGCAAGCCUGUGUAGCAUCUGGGUGUCAGAGCUAUCCAAUUGAUCAUCAUUGAUUUCAAACAAAGUUAGAGUAUUAUCUAUUUAUUGCAGGUAGACUUACAAGGCAUGGAAGAGAAGAAAGGCCAAGAAUUACAUCUAUUGAGCAACCAUUUCUACCAGGCUCCUUGCUAGUUGGUGUUCUAUAUCUAUAAAAAAUCUACAAACAAAUGCGUUUUUAAGAAAUCCUCUUCGUAACGAAAGGCUUUCUAAACAAUUUAAUAAUGGAACUGUAAAAAGAAUAUACAAGUUCUCAAAGACUUGAAUUACGCACGUGAGGUACGUAAUGAACAUUUAAUAUUGCUGAUCUUACAAUAAAGGAUUUUUAUUUUGAUGUUUAGUAAGGAUUUAACAUAAUAAUAUUUAGCUUAUCCGGAACCCCCUGAUACUUUAAAAUUCAUGGGAAAUUUAAUUAUAAGGAAUAAUAAUCAGAAUUUGAGUAAUUACUAAUUCACUUUGUCAUUUAUCGCAAUUGGGGCUAUUAGGUUAUAUUUAAAUGUUAAAAUUUGCUGCCAUCAAAGCAGGUAUGUUUUAUUCCAACGGUCUUUCCGAUUCAGUAUUUGACUUGUUUAUAUGGUAAAUUCGAACUUCUUCGAUAUAAACUGGACAUUAAAAUGAAAUGCAAAUUGAUAACUACAUUUUCUGGGAAUCAUUCUUACUUCAACGGCCACUGCUCUAGUUUUCCAACAUUCCGAGUAUCGGCGUCGGACAUUUACCAAGAAUUUCUAGGCUAUUAUUCUACACUCAUUAUUGCUGGAAUAAAUCUUAAAGUAAAUAUGGUAAUUCAAGGUUUACUUGUAAGUAGUCCUUAACUGGAACUGGCUAAACCGUUAUCUAGCCAGGCAAACAGUUAACAAUAUUUCUACGGUCCAAAAACUAGUGGACAGAGAGCAGCUAUCACUAGGGCCUUGGGCAUCCUAACUCAGCUAGGGGCUUAUUUCUGCUAUGUGCAGCAAAAGUCACUAUUUGGACAAUAUGACUCCUUCAUUUUUUUCUAAGUGUGAGGUAAAUACGCUGUACAUAGAAUGUGUGGUGGUGAGACUGGACGAUGGUUGGUGGGUUCACCGCUUCUCGAGAGCCACGUCACUUCGAUUUAGACUUCCCUCUCUUCUGCGGACUGCCGUCCAUACCUGCACAUAAAAUCUUUCUUAUUUUCACUGUACUUCUUUUUCUCCGACCAUCAUGGCCAAUAUCCUGGCAAACGCUUCCUUUGAUCGUUAUGAACACAACGCGCCCCUGGCAUCUAGAAACUAACGAGCAAUUCAUCAAACGCUAGAGAGUAAAUGUGUCAUGCUAUCGUGUAUAAAAGUGCACGCGAAAUAUAUUCUUAUAAAUAUU